AUGGACGAGCAUCGGAGCGUGGUUUGUCCGCUUGGAGAAGCUGGCAAAGUGCUGGAUGUGGCCCUGAGUUGCCGCGUCCAGGCGGUCUGCGUGGUUCUGCUCCUCUUGAUUCUGGGCCUUCUCUGCUCUUGCCUCUGGCGGCGAACUUCCCAAACUUGCCACAAGGCCCGGGUCAGCGUCCCCGAGCGGCGGAGCGCGGGCCGCGAGCUGGAGUUCGAUGCGGUGCCUUCCGGGCUCUCCAAGUCCGAGGCGUCCACGCAAGGCUCGGGCCCGGGACUGGGAGCCGACGCGGAGGCCCAGAAUGGUGGUUUGGCGGAGGGUGAGCUGCCGAAAAUGGCGAGCCGCUACUCCAUCAAGUCCGCCUUCUCGCGCUGGACACGAGCAAAGGCCAAGGUGCGAGUGGUCUGGAAGCUGAACCUGCUGCAAGUUCAGAAUUGGCUCAACGGCAAAGGUGAAGCUCCGCACCAGGAGCUCCAAGUCGAUGCUCGGCAGGACUUAGAAGCCGGCGAUGCUGACGGAGAGCAGGACUUGCAAAAUGGAGACGACGGAGAACAGGUUCCGCAAGAACGAGGGUCGCUGGACGAUCCCAUGCCGCCCAGAGCCUCCGCAGCUGUCGGCUUCCUCGCUCCCCAAGGGCCCCAAGGGCUCGAGGCUCUGCCGGCCUACGCCGACGGAGACCGUGUGGAAUACUUCUCCCCCACCUGUGGCCUUUGGCUCCUUGGUGAGGUGACGGUGACGUCAGAUGCGAAGAGGUCUGCGGCCGAGCUUGCCACGUGCAUGACACGAUGCGCGCACUUGACGAAAGUUGCAGAACUCGUCCAUGCUUCGCUGCCUCCCGAGGCGCCGUCCUUCCGCGAUGUCUUGGAUCAGGUGCGCGCUGAGGCCUUGGAGGGGGGCUUGCAGCUGCCACCCCGCGUCACUGAAGAGGACGGCGAGGGUGAGGGCGAGGAUGCGGCCGCCAGGUGCCGUGAGGCCUUGCUCCUGCUCUCGAACUUGUGCGAACAGAGCGUGGAAGAGCCCAACCAGGUGGAGAAGCAGCGGCACUUAGCCCUGCUCCUGACGGCCAAACUCCUGGAGUCCUGCGAGUCCACGGAGUUGUCGAGCAAACCCUUCAUCGCGGCCGUUCGCCGCUUCUUCUCCGUCUCUUUGACUCGAAACAGCCUGUCUUCGGGGCUGAAGAUGACGAAGCUGGCGCUGCGACUGGUCGUCCUGGUCUCCAAGCUCUUCGGGGAGUCCCUCAGCUACGAGCUUGGCGUCUUCCUGGAUCAAAUCGUCCUGCCAGUCCUUGUGAGUGGAAACUCCAGCUACGCGCAGAAGCACUGGAUGCUGCAGGUCUCGCAGACUCUGUUUGGGGAAGCCGCUUCGGCGGUCCUCGCGGUGUUCCUCAUUUUCGAUUGCGAUUUGCAGAAGCGGAACGUCUUGGAACGCAUGAUCGAGUCCUUGUCCAGGAUCGCCACGGGAAAGUACACCUCGAGCGAGCAUGCCAGCGUCAUCCAACCAGAGCAGGAACAUCGCUUGAGGAUCUUGGCCCUUGGCGCACUCUUGACUCUGGUGAAGUCGCUGGAAGUCAAAGCACAAGGACACAUGACUCCGCCACGAGGCAGCUCCGGCACUGGUUUGGGGGCUUCGUGGCAGGAGCCGCCUCUGGAGGACGACGAGGAGGGCGAGGAGCUCCGCACGCGAAGUGCCACUGCGGCCUUGGAUCAGAAGCGGCUGAAACGGGAGCUGCAGGAAGGCGUGAGCAAGUUCAACUUGAAGCCCAAGCGCGGCCUGGAGCACCUGAAGAGAGCCGGGCUCGUCGAGAACGAAGACCCAGGCUCGCUGGCCAAGCUCUUCCGGAACACGGAGAUCGGCCUGGACAAGACGACAAUAGGUGACUACCUCGGCGAGGACAAGGCCUUCAACAAGAGGGUCCUGGAUGCGCUGCUCGAGAGCUUCGACUUCGCGAAGCAAGAGUUCGACGAGGCCCUCCGUGCCUUCCUGGCUGUCUUCAGGCUGCCCGGGGAGGGUCAGAAGAUCGACCGGUUGAUGCAGCACUUCGCCGCGAAGUACUGCAAAGAUAAUCCCGGGAGGUUCUCCGAUGAGGAUUGCGUCUACGUACUGGCCUAUUCAGUCAUGAUGUUGCAGACAUCUCUUCAUAAGCCAUCCAUCAAGGAGAAGGACCGGAUGACGAAGGCUCAGUUCAUCAGCAACAAUCGCGGCAUUGACGGCGGCAAAGACCUGCCACAGGAAUACCUGGAAGCCUUAUACGACAUCGUCUUGAAAAGCCCUUUCUCCCUUCAAGAAGACGAGGACGCGAGGGGGCGUGCCGAGUCUCAAGCCGCGCGGAGUGCGGCACAGAAGGGGGAGCUCUUCUUGCGAGAGGCUUGGAAGCUGGUGGCCAAGGCCGAGGAGACGAUGGCCUCGGAAGGUGAGACCUCGCGGUCCUUGAGCCUGCGGGGCGCCGACGUCCGGUCGCUGGCGCGGACGUUGUUCGAGGCCGCCUGCUGGCCGAUGCUCGCCUCGCUUUCCGUCGUCCUGGAAACGCAAGAAGAGCCCGAGUGCAUCGAGCUUUGUAUUACCGGUUUUCAACAGUGCAUCCGUGCGGCAGCACGCAUGCAGAUGGAUGUGGAGCGAGAUGCCAUCGUGUCCUCGCUGGCCAAGUUCACUUACCUGACCACUCUUAAAGAGAUGAGGCAGAAGAACAUCGAGUGCAUCCGCGUGCUCAUGGCCAUUGGUAUUUCGGAGGGCAACAACUUGGGCUCCUCCUGGCAGUACGUGCUCCACUGCAUCUCUCAGCUCGAGCGCCUGCAGCUGCUGAGGACGCGCGCCCUGCAGGACUUCCAGUUCUUUGCCAAAGAGGCGAAGAGCGGGUCCACCAACGGCAGCUUCAGCGGCGGCACACCUCAGGCGAGCCUCCGGCACCGCUCCUAUGGCACAGGUUUCUCGGCCGUGAUGACGGUGAGCUUGGAGGAGUCGCGCCUGGAUUUGCUGAACGCCGAGUCCGUGAUGGCACAGAUCGACGCGGCGCAGAUCGACCUCCUCUUCGACAGGUCUGCGGGCUUGGAGCUGAAGGCGGUGCUGCACUUCCUGAGCCAGCUCAUCCAGGUCUCCAAGGAGGAGCUGGCCUGUGAAGAGAUGCCGCGCAUUUUUUCGCUGCAGAAGUUGGUCGAGGUUGCCAUUGGUAACUUGAUGCGCCCGCCGGAGGUUUGGUCGGAAAUUUGGCGAACUGUCAGCCGGCAUCUAGCCGACGUUGCAAGCCACCACAAUGUCAGUAUAGGUCUCUAUGCCAUCAACUGCUUAAAGCAGCUGGCGAUGAAAUUUUUGGAACGUGAGGAAGUGCAUCAGCAGGAAACCUUUGGGCAAGUCUUGCUGGAGCCUUUCGAGAAGUUAAUGAAAUCCAAGAGUGCCAGUCCCGACGUGAAGGGGCUCGUGGUAUCGAGUGUCGACUUCAUGGUGGAGCACCGAAGCAGCUCCAUCAAAGCGGGCUGGGCGCAGGUCUUCCAGAUCCUGCAGCUGGCGGCCUCGGAGCCCAAGUCCAACAAGGAAGUCUUAGAUGCCGCCUUUGCCAUCAUGAAGAUCGCCGUGGCUUCAAGGUGCCACCUGGACAAGAGGAACUUUGCCAAGAGCGUGCAUGCCCUGCUGGCUUUCGGCCACUGUCGGUUCCCUGCCAUCAGCUUCCAAGCCCUGGGGAUGUUGAGGCAGAUGGCCGAUGACCUUCAAUCGGGAAGCGGGACACAGACCGCUGAGACCGAGGAUUGGCUGUUGUUGCUGAACGGAAUGACCUCGAUGAUCGGGGACCUGCGGCAGGAAGUCUCAGUUCGAGCCACGGUCACCGCUUUCCAAUGCCUGCGCGACGUUGGUGCCAAGAGCUUCGACGCCGCGACCUGGUUGAAGGUCAUCGAGAGCGUCGUCGAGCCCGUGUGCGAGAAGGUGACUGGCCAGCUCCAGCAAGGCGCGGCGCGGGGCCCGCGGAAGCCUCCGCAUUUUUUGGCAAUCAAUGGAGGUGCAUUUUUUUUGGGAAUUCUGUUUUCUUUUUUUUGGAUUUUUUUAGGGUUUGGGGCUUAG